AUGGCACCUCGUGAGCGCAACGUAGUAUAUGAUGAGCAGCAAAAGGUGGAGCAGCCUAUGGGUAGCAAGACUGUCCUUUGCAAGGAAGACGAAUGGAUUGACAAAUUGGACUUGAAAGCAUUCCGAGAGGAUAUCAAGGAACUAGGAAAGAGAUUGUCGGACGAACAAGGACCUGAUGAUGUAGCCCACUUGCACAAGAUGAUCAUGUGGUCCAACAUGUUCACUCUGACUGGUCUGUUGGGAAUGGGACUUCCUGUUUACUUUGUCUUGCCCGCGAUCUGCCUGUCCAUCGGUACUACUACUCGAUGGACAAUGAUUGCCCACCACACUUGCCAUGGAGGCUACGACAACUGCGAGCCAACAGGAAGAUUCAACCGCUUCAAGUUUGCUGUUGGUAGUCUCUGGCGUCGAGUCCUUGACUGGAUGGACUGGAUGCUUCCCGAGGCAUGGAAUGUGGAACAUAAUAAUAUGCAUCACUACAAGUUGGGUGAAGCUGGCGAUCCUGAUCUUGUGGAACGCAACCUUGGGUAUUUGCGAGACCUCAAUGCUCCCAUGGUUGUCAAGUACAUGGCUGUCUAUGUGAUCAUGGUUAUCUGGAAGUGGUGGUACUAUGCCCCCAACACCUACAAGGAGCUUCGAGUUAAGGAGGUCCGCAAGGUUAACCCAGAGCUCUUGGAGAAAAGUGAGGGAUUUAAUCCCAACGAGCCCAUGACCAUCACCUCCAUGGUCUUUGACAACUCCAGCUUGCCCUCCUGGAUCUCAUUCAGUGACUACUUGGCUCGUGUGUUCUUCCCCUACGUGAUCUACCGUUUCUUUUUGCUGCCUUCCCCUCUCUUGGUGGCUGGCAUGUAUCUGAACCCCGAGUCCCCCAACACUUGGUUCUACAACGGAGUUGCCAACAUGGUGUUGGCGGACCUCUUUGCCAACCUUCACUCCUUUUACAUCAUUGCCACCAACCAUGCUGGCGAUGAUCUGUACAAGUUCUCUGUUGGAUGCAGACCCCGAAGUGGAACGUUCUACCUGCGUCAGGUGGUCUCCUCGGUCAACUUUGCCGCCGGAACUGAUCUUGUCGAUUUCUUCCACGGAUGGUUGAACUACCAGAUUGAGCACCACUUGUGGCCCGAUCUUUCCAUGCUUUCUUACCAAAAGGCCAUGCCUCAAGUCAAGGAAAUCUGCAGACGUCACGGCGUUCCUUACAUUCAAGAGAGUGUGUUCAACCGUGUCACCAAGACAGUUAACAUCAUGGUUGGAAAGGACAACAUGCGUGUUUACCCCGCCGACAGGGAACAGGAUAUCUAA